UGUGGUUCUAAGUCACGUGAAAGCGUGGUUCAGUUCCCUGACAGCAGCCACAGUCCGGUGUGGAGGAUGAGCUCAGGCAACGGCACCAGGAGGAAAGUCUGCAAGCUGCAGCAGUUCAACAACACGGUGGCGUUUGACCCCGAAACACUGACUGAGAUUCAAGCUAUUUUUAGUAAAAUAAGAACUUAUGUGAAACCGUCUGAUGGGGAGUGGUGCAUCCCCGACCCAAACGCCACUCUGAGACACUCUGCAGAGGAGCACCGCCGGCUGCAGGUCCUGAAGGAGUCGCUGAACGAGGUCAAGAACCAGCUCAGCGACAAGAACGUCCAGGUCUGGCAUCAGCACACCAACUCCACCAAUCGGGCUGGGAAGGUGAUCGCCGCCGUACGCUCCGCUGCCAACGCGGAGAUCUGCACUCAGGCCUGGUGCAAGUUCUCCGAGAUCCUGGGAACCUUUAAUCUUCUUCCAGAGGAAGCUCUUCAAAACGGAGAGCUGAACUCGGUCCACCUGUGUGAAGCUCCAGGGGCUUUUAUAACCGCUCUGAACCACCACACCAAAACCAGUGAGUCCACGCGCUACUGUGAUUGGAGCUGGGCCGCCAACACUCUCAACCCGUACCACGAGGCCAACGGCGGCAGCACAACGAUUGCAGACGAUCGGUUAAUCGCCAACACGCUGCCCUGGUGGUUCUUUGGAUCAGAUAACACAGGAAACAUCAUGAUCCAGAAACAUCUGCUGGAGCUGCAGACGUUUGUGGCGAACAUGCACAGAGUUGACAUGGUGACAGCGGAUGGUAGCUUCGACUGUCAGGAGAAGCCGGAUGAGCAGGAGGCUCUGGUGGCGUCGCUGCAUUACUGCGAAGUCACAGCUGCACUGCUGCUCCUGAGCCCCGGCGGCUCCUUCGUGUUGAAGAUGUUCACCCUGUAUGAGCACUCCUCCGUCUGCUUACUCUACCUGCUGAACUGCUGUUUCCGCUCCGUCAACGUCUUCAAACCUGCCACCAGCAAGUCGGGCAACUCUGAGGUUUACGUUGUGUGUCUGAACUAUGACGGCAAAGAAGCUGUGAGGCCUCUGCUCUCCAAACUGAUUCGCCACUACGGACCACAUCUGGCUGACCGUGAGGCACUUUUCCCAAACUCUCUCAUCCCAGACUCGUUUCUGAAACAGCAUGAAGAAGUUUGCUCGUACUUCCACACGCUGCAGGUGGAGACGAUCACAGAAAACCUGCGACUGUUUGAGGGAAUGAGCACCGAGCAGAGGCAGCGUCUCGACUACAUCAGGGACUGUACGGCUCAGGAAUACCUGCAGCGCUUCCAGGUGAGCUUCCUUCCACGGAGUCGAUGGAUCUCUCGUAACACGGUGAGUCCCGCCUGCUGCAGCGUCUCAGCAGGCCGACCUCUGGGACAGAAGAAGCAAACAGGCUCCUUCAAUGAGCGGAGGGAAUUGCAGACCCUGAGCUGGAGGGAGCGCAUCGAGAGGGGUUGCCAUGCCACCUGGAUACAGAGACACUGCACCGAGGCCGUAGGGACCGGCUGUGUGCUUGAAGGACCCCUGUCCGGGUGUCAUGGGGAUUCAUGGUACGUUAUCGACGGGGCUGCACUGCCCGCUGUCAGAAACUCUGCGUUCUGUGAUGGAGGAUUGUUGAACCACUUGAAUGAAGCCCUCAUGGACACAGAAGUAGACUGGACUAAUGCACCUCCCUGUGACUCCUGCCAUGCGGUUUGCACGGCCUCCAUCUUGUCCGAUGUUGCAGGUCUUUGCACCUUCACAUCUGACAGUGAUGGCAACAGAAAGCAGAGACAGUGUUUGGUGUUUGGCAGCCGCUCAGUGUGGGACGCCUGUGAAAGCCAACUGGGGGAUUUAGUCUUAACGUUUUCUGCAGAGCCUUCAACUCCUCCAAGAGGCUCUGUCACGCUGCACGAUGGGGAUCCGCGGUACCAGCAGCAGCUCUUAGGUUGUGUUGUGUUCUCCCUGCAGACGCUGAACUCUGGGGAUGCCUUGCUGCUGCCUGUGUUUUCUGCCUUCACUCGUGUCACCGCAGCUGCUGUGCUCUGCCUGCAUGCGUGUUUUCGCUCAGUCACGUUCAGGUGUCCUCCCCCCUCUGGCAUCGUCGGGACAGUGCUUGUGUGUGGUGGUUUCUGCCCCGAAGCUGCUGCACGAAUACUACCUGUUCUUACUGACGUCCAUACCUGCAUGGGUCAGCUGCUAAGAGGAGAGGAUGACUCGUGUAAAAAUCUGCUGUCUUGGCGUCAAAGUCAGGUGCUGCAGUUUAUUCCCAUGGAUGAGCUGCUCACAGGAGGACUGACUGAGUUCCUGCGGACCAUGAACUCUGAAAUCAUUCAGCAGAAGCUACAUUUGCUCAUGCAAUCAUAGUGCAGUUGAGUGAGCUAAAUUUCUACAGGAGCCACACGCAGCUAGAAAAAUACUCUGUGGAGUCCAGCGAGCUCCUCCAGAGCUGAGAUACAGGCACGCUUCACCUCUAGGGCACCGACAAUCAAAUUAUGUUUGUUUUUUAAUAUCAGUGAAAGACAUAUCACACAGUCAACAGACGUCCGUGAAUGUUUUUUUGUGGUGUUUUCUUUUGCGGGGAAUUACCCAUUUUAAUGAUAUUUCCCGCCUCCCUGUGUGCAAAUGUUUGGCCAGAACGAGUUCCUAUUUUGUAUCCUUUGCUACACGCCGCCUAGAGAUUAUUGUGAUUGGUGAAGCCAGAGUGUUUUUUUCCCCCAAAGCAGAAUGAUAAUGAGAGCAGCUGGACCUUUCUCCAGCGCUGACAGUGCUGUGGAGAUGUGGAGCGAGACUAAGUGAGCUGUGACUCUGGGCUACAUGCUAUCGCUGUCACAGUCCGUUUUAUUCUCGUUGGCUGUUUCUUUCCAGCAGUUAGUCACUGAAUCAUUUUUGUUUGCUGACAUUAAAAGAGUACUGCACUCAUUUAGCGUUGCACUACUAUGCUGCAC